CUGCCCUUCCCCCUCCCCAUAAAGCGCCCGCCGCUCGCCCACUCCCGCUAUGGCACAUUGUGACCCGGCGAGUAAGCGGCAGAAAAUGGCGUCCGCGCUCGAUCAGCUCAAGGAGUUCACGGUGGUGGUGGCCGACACCGGGGACUUCAACGCCAUUGAUGCAUACAAACCUCAAGAUGCCACAACCAACCCCUCGCUCAUACUUGCUGCUGCUCAGAUGCCAGCUUAUGCAAAGCUGCUUGAUGAUGCUAUUGACUACGCAAAGAGUUGUGGCGGAUCAAAGUCUGAUCAACUCUCCAAUGUCAUAGACAAGCUGUUUGUCAAUUUUGGUGUCGAAAUUUUGAAGAAAAUUCCUGGCAGAGUUUCAACUGAAGUUGAUGCAAGAUUAUCAUUUGACAAGGAUGCCAUGAUCCAAAAGGCCCAACACCUAAUUCAGAUGUAUAAGGAUGCUGGAAUUAACAAGGAUCGUAUUCUUAUCAAACUCUCUUCCACAUGGGAAGGUAUCCAGGCUGGAAAAUUCCUUGAAGAACAGUGUGGCAUCCAUUGCAACAUGACACUGCUUUUCUCAUUUGCUCAGGCAGUUGCCUGUGCAGAGGCUGGGGCAACGUUGAUUUCUCCAUUUGUGGGUCGCAUUUUGGACUGGCAUAUAGCCAACACUGAUAAGAAAAGCUUUGAACCAUCCAUGGACCCAGGUGUGCAGAGUGUAACAAAGAUCUACAACUAUUAUAAGAAGUUUGGGUACAAGACUAUUGUCAUGGGAGCAUCUUUCCGUAAUGUUGGUGAAAUCAAGGCAUUGGCUGGCUGUGACUAUCUCACAAUAUCUCCAAAACUGCUGGAAGAGCUUAGCCAAGACAAUGAAACACUAACACCCACUUUGAGUGUUAACAAAGCCCAAGCACUUGACCUACAGAAAGUUGAAAUGAAUGAGCAGACCUUUCGAUGGUUACACAAUGAGGACCAGAUGGCUGUGGAAAAAUUAUCUGAUGGGAUCCGCAAGUUUUCAGCUGAUGCAGUUAAACUAGAAAACAUGUUAAAGGAACGGCUUUUUACUGCCAAGAAUGGAUGCUAAGUGUCCCUUAACUUGCUCACUUCCCUAUUUUGAAUCGUGUGGUUAGAUGGCUGAAAUUUUUAAUUUUCACUUUGACCAACCAUGUAAAAGCUACACCAUACAUUGUAUCAUUGGUGUAUCCACUGUUGAGUAGUACUUAAUGUUGGCUUGUGCAAUACAGUGCAGCUCUUCCUAAUAAAUGCAUAAAACUACUAAUGUGUUGGUUGCCUUUGCUGUGAGAUUUCUAUUUCUUAACUCAUCAGUAGCUUUUUAUUAUACAAUUUGAUCUGACUAUACUUAUCGUAACAUUGUAUGGGUGCAAGAAACAAGGGGUGUUAUACUAAUGAGGUGGGAAGAUAUUGGUUAAUUGUGUCCUUCUACACUUAUUAGGUAAAUUGUAAGUUGAGUUCUUGGCAUACAAGACAGUGACCAAAUAUAUUUGUUUUUGAAGAUUUUGUAUAGAUCUGGUUACCUGUGCAAUGAUUGUAAAAAUGUUUGCUGACUAAAGGAUAGUAAGCAACAUGGCUUGAGGGAUGAAGAAUUUUGUGCAGAUUUAAGGAUGCUGAUUCUGUAGGAGAAAAUGGAAGAGGUAAUCUAAUGAAAAGUGUAGCUGAACUGGAUGGACAUUGAAGAAGAAUUCUUCAUUUUAUGAAGAAUAUUAGGCAGCCAGUUGCACUUUUUCCCCAACCCCAAGCAGGUUAUCAAUUGAAGUACAAUAGAUUUAUGAAAUCUUGUCUGUUAUGAUAAAUGGACUGUGCAGUGCAAAUUGUUCAAGAUUGAAAAGUGGUAAAGCUGCAUUGAUAUUGAAAUUCUUCUGACAUGUUAGAUAAUGUCACCUCUUUACAAUGUUUUGGGCAUUUUCAUUUAAAUGUAAUGUUUUGAAUGAAUUUAAAUCAAUGAUUGCAACAAUUUUAACUGGUUUAAGAAUAUAGUCUUGAUUUUUGCCACUUGUACCACAUGGUGGAGACACUGAUUUAUAUUGUAGCUGCAAAAAAAGUUGGCAGCAAAUGUAUGUAAGUACUUGAGACUUUUUUCACACUUUUUAUUCUUAGAAGAAAUUGUUUGCACUUCUAAUUAAUCUACAAUAAAACCAAUUGAAUAACUUCA